AGUUAAAUUAAAUUAAAUUAAAUAAAUAAAUAGGGAUUCCUAAACUUUAUUUUUAUGCUUGCAUUUUACAUUGUGUGCUUUACUGUUCAUCUUGUUUUUUUAUUGUCAUUCAUUGACAUGAAUAAACUUUAAUUACGAUAGGCAACUCACCUGGCCAGUGAUUAAACAGUGCUAAAGAGGCAGACGACAUAAAUAUGAGGCAGCUGUGUUUAAACGGUAAAAGUCGUGUAGUGAUGUUUAAACGGUGAAAGAAAAGGAAACGGAGUAAGAAAAAGAUGGUGAACCUUGAAAGUUUAGAGGAAGCCGUCAGCAGUAAUAAUAUUCAAAACAUUGUUGAAGUGCUUCAGGAAGAAUGGUCAUCGAAGACCAUACUAAACCGAUUGGACAAAUUGGCGAACAAGGAGCUGGACAAGAAUGAUUUCAGAAAUGUUGCAUUGUUGUUGAAAGGCAUUCAGUGCUUUUGUAUGAACGAAUUCAAGAGUGCAUUGAGCCUGUUUAUCCAACAAGGACUUGUUUUAAAGCUGGUAAUGUGGUUUGAAAGAGCUACAGACUUUCUGAAAUGUGAGGAACUGAAAUCAAAUAAGGCCUUGUUACUACUUAUUGAAGAAUUUUACAAUGCUGCAUUGGAACUUUGCAAGAAUGACAAUGAGGCUAAAAGUCAAAUCCAGGAUACGUUUUUGCAGCGCUUAGGCUAUAUGGUGGUUGAUACUGGCAUUUUGUUUGUUCUGCGACUUGAGGCUAUACGGACUAUCAACUCCAUUCUAGACACUGCAAGCAAAGAAGACAGAAAGAAGAUUAAAUUGUCUGAAGAGCACAGUAUGAUUCUGCUUGAUUUUGCAAGAUUGGUGUUGGAGGCGGGUGAUUACGAAAUGCAAGUGGCCAUUUCCGAAGCUCUGUGUCGCUUGACGCUUAAGAAAUCGAGGGAAGAACUGGUUUACAGGUGGUUCGAGAAUGAAGAUUUUGCAAACUCUUUUAAAGCAAUAAAUGAUCGUGAGUUUGAGACGGAUUGUAGGAAAUUUCUUAACCAAGUGAAUGAGUCCCUUGGAGAUGAUAGAAGAGUUUAUACGUUUCCAUGCAAGCAAGCAUUUCUUGAGGCGAGAGAGUUAAGCAUGCCCAAAGAUGAAAAUCUUGAGAAGUUUUGGAUAGAUUUUAACCUGGGCAGUUCUAGUAUAAGUUUUUUCAUAAAUGAUCCUGAGGGUGUUCUCUGGGACUCCAUUAAUAUAGCUAAAGAAGCCGUGAGUGUGUAUCGUUUGGAAGAAACUGAUGAGCAAAAUAUAUUGACAGUCUACCUGGCCAAGCCAAUCUCGGGCAGUAACAAAGAAGGGAGCAUGGUCAAAAUAUAUUUCGACUCCUUGUAUGACAUCCAGAUGAUUGUCAAGAAGUUAUUUGGAGAGGAGAAACAUAUGAAAAGUGCAUGUAUUUCCCUCUUGGCACAGAAGACACCUGGAGCCAAUGCUGAUAUCAAAGAUUUGAGAAGUGCAGAUUUUAUACCUCUGGCUGGGGAUGAGUAUACAUCACAAUCCAGCCACGUUUCUCAAGGUGAACAUCCUGAUAGUAUCGUUGAGGACACCCCUGUGGAAAAGGAAGAACUGCAUUUAGAAGCAAAGAAGACACUGACCGAUGCAUUUGAGCUUGACACUCCGUCUGAAUCCGAGCUUAUUAAAGCAAAACAGAAACUGCAUGGGUACCCUGGACCAUCUGACAGAUCUUUAACAGCACAAUUGAAGACUGACGAGAAACAGAAAUCAACACUGCACACAAAAACAACGUCUUGGCGUACCAAAAAGGGUCUCUUUUCUGAGAGUGAAGCAAGCACCUGCCAAAGUGAACGAAGCUUAAUCUUGGAUUUACCGCACAGAAUAUCGUUGAAAAAAGAUUAUACCAGGAGGAAGCCAAAGAUUAAAUCGAGACUAAAAGUUUUACCUUUAUCAUCCAGCAGUGGCGAGGAAGAGCAAAGUCGCAAGUCAAGGCAUUCAAUACCAAAAUUAUAUCCAGAAGUAAGAAAGGAAAAAGUGAAAAUUGUGCCAGAAACUACACGGGAAACUGAAUUGGAGGAUACUGUAUUUUUGGAUGAUUUUAUGGAAAUAUCUCCAGAAAAGGUGCCAUUACCAAUGAAUGGUGAUCUCGGCAAUGAAUUAAGGAAAAGAAAGCAUGGCUCUUUAGCAACAGAGCCUAGUAACCGCUCCCAGAAUGCCGUUCGUGAAGCUACUAAAGAACAGCAAAGCUGUACACCACCAGCAAAAAAACAGUUCAUUUCGACUGAGAAAAAGCAAAGCAUUGGAGAAGAACAUACUGAAACAGGGUUAAGUGAAGACUCGGAUUCUGGGACAGAGGGUGCCAAUUUUAGUGCUGCAUUUGAAUGCUUCAGCAAAGACCUGCAAAACAAAUUCUGGCCUAGGUAUAAGAGGAUGGUGGUCCGUGCACAGCAUAUCAUGGGCGGUUCCAAUGAAAGUGUAUUGUCACUCCUGAACAAUGUUCAUAACUGCAGGUUAAAGAAACUGGAAAGGUUCCAAUCAGUAGUUGUUGGUGAGCUUAUGAAUCUGGAGAAGGAUAACAAGGCUCUAAUGGAGGUGGAGAACAACAUAAUGGAUUUCUGCAAAGAAAUAACAUCGUUUUGUGAAACCCAGGAAAAAAGGCUGCAAUCCUUGGAUGUUCUGAAUGAGAGCACCUUGGCAAAAGGAACACAGACAUUUGCUGAGGAAGAAACGCUGGCCAGUAGCGAGAAGAAACUGCAGGCAAUUAACACCCAGUAAAGGAUAUGCCCUUUUAUUUAAAGGAAAAAAUGAUAAAACUAGUUUAUAUUUAGGUAAUUAUGUAUUGAAUAAAUGUUUUGCAGUGUUAA